CUGGAGUCCUGCUUUUCUCUUUUCAUCCACCAAACCGCACCUUUAUUCUGUGAUCGUCACUCACCAACGGAUUUAAACCGCACAAAUAAAACGUGGCGCAUGGCGAUAAGGGCCACAUGCUAUUGGGUUCUAGCCGUAGCUUGGCUUGAUUCAGCUGUAUGCACGCGCACACGCUUGUCUCUGCCAGCCGAACCAUGCAUCACAGCGGCAUGGGUUCGCUUCACUUAUUCCCGCUUCGGGACCAUACGCGAGGCGAAAUGCAACCAAACGCCUCAUGAUCACAACCUAAUCGCUAGAGCCACAUGCGGGUGGCGAGCCGAGCUGAAAUAAGGGCUCUGCCACACAAGUUUACUUGCUUACCGUCCCGCCAGCCACGGUUUGUUUUAUAAAGACAGGACGCACCUCUAUUCAUCUGAUAAGCCGUCUAGAUGCUUCUCGUACGGUAACUUACCAGCAAACAGUCCGCCAUGGUCGCCAUUGCUACUGGUCUGUGGUGGGAUUACUCCAAGUCGGCUGCAUCUGCAGCGACACUGACUCUCUCCAUGACGACGAGCAACUUCCUGCUCUCGGCUUUAGCAUUUCUUGUGACGUUAGCUGGAGCCAGCGCCUGGAGCAUCACUGCAUUUAUUCUCCACGCCAUCAAGACUCCUCAUGGGUCUGAGCAGGCCCACGCUAUUGAUUUGAUGCACCAGGUCUGUCUGCGCAACUCGGGCGGAGCUGUAAGCACGUUCUGGGAGACCAUUAAAAUAUACUUUGCCUGGUCCAGGUCAAAUUCAAAGAGUGGAAAAGACCAAAAACAUCCGCGUCUCUUGCGCAAGACGCUGUUUGUUGCACUCCCGGCCACUCUCGUCUGGGUUAGCUUUGCUGUGGCGGCCCUAUUUACUUCUAGCGUCGCCAACAAGGCAUACGGCAACACGAUUGCCCGAAUUAAGGACCAAAGCUGUGGCUUUUGGAUGUUUGACAAUGACACGGAUGAGGGCGAAGUGGCAGCUCUUAUCAGGAACACCAACGACACGAUUGCCGGCCGCAGCUACGUCAACAGCUUCUACGCCAACACGUCCGCUGCAUCCACUGCUCGAUCGCCCUUUGUCAUAUCCUCUCUCCCAUAUACAACUAGCGCUUCUGAGCCAUGCCCGAUCCCGGACUCAAAACGAUGCCGCGGUGGUGUCAAUAGCGCCUUCUCCAUGACAACGGAUCUGCUCGACUCGCAUACCAUGUUGGGAAUCAACGCCAGGGCUGAAGAUCGAGUCACGCUGCGAAUGAAGGCUACAUGCUCUCCGGUGACCCCUGCUCCCUUUACAGACACGUCCGAAAUAGAGGGCGCGACCUUUGUCAACUUCUAUCUCGGUCCGGUUCCCCGGGGCACCAACUAUACGUAUAGACACAAAAUCGACACGGGGCGAUCAGGUAUUGGAUACACUAUUACAUCUCGAUAUGCGUAUACCCGCGGCUCCGGCUCCUCCUGGGAACCGAUUCCCCAGUUCACCCGCAACGAUGCAGACAUGAGCGUCUAUUUUCUCAGCUCCAAUGCCGUCGCCUAUCUGAAGCCCGUCUACGAUACGUGGUUUUCAGCCAGCGGCAACAAUACGGUCCCGUACGGUGACAGAAACGCCUGGCAGUAUGACUAUCUCGUAAACACGCUAGUUUGCGCCGAACAGUACCAGCUCUGCAACCCGACCACAUCGGUUUGCUCGCCGCUCGGGGGCAAACGUGAUCUUGGGAGCUGGAUCUUAGUCGGAAACAGAUUAGAUCUGAACCCUGCGCAACUCCUCUCGGCAACACGCCUGUUCGUUGCUGCGAGCACUACCAGCACCUACAGCGUUGUCGCUAACCUUGGUGUCGCAUCGCUCUGGGCCAACAGUAAGCUCUUCAACAAUAUCCUAUCCACAGGCCUACCACCGAACCAGUGGCAAAUCGAAGUUCUUGGCUGGUUUCAGACGGCACUGGCCAUGGUGCAAGCAGCCAUUGUCGGGUUUGCCUCAAACGACAAUGGCGUAACGCCAUAUGCAAUUCCCUCGACAAAUGCUGCUCUGCUUCCCGUCAUUAACAAUGCCAAAGAGUAUCGUGAGGGUUGCAAAACCCAGCUUGUGCAGACGGCGGGGGAAGUGCAGAACUUUGAUCUGGUCGGCGUUCUCAUCAUUAUUUGUGUCAGCAUAUUGUUAAUCUUCCUCCAGCUGGCUAUUGAACCACUAGUAGACUUGGUCAAGUUUCGCUCAGGAUGGCAGUCAACGUCCAAGAAAGCCCGACAGGCCGAUUCAAAACUGCACUUGCUGCGGAUGGUACUCGCGGGCACAAAGCCAAGUGAGGCAAUGUGGGAGCGGGGUACUCUCGACGUGCCUGUGCUGGCCCAGGAUGCUGUGUUUGAAAGACCAGAGGUGGUAUCAAAGUUGGCAUCGUAUGGGACAGCUACGAAAGUAACUGAAGUUACGCAAGUACCGGAGCAAAACACAGAUAUGACAGCGUCAUCAUAGAGGAUUUGCAAGUCUUAGGACCAAUCGAAAUAUUGUGGGCAUAUACAGUAUUAAAACCAUGACAAAGCAAAAGUCUAUUUUAACAGUCUGUAAAUAUUUCAUCGGUUUAAAUGCCAGUUGCAAAGCUCUUUCCGCCAGCCUUUCUAUCAACCUCCAUGCUAGCAUCAACACCACAGAUGCCAAACAAGCCCUGCGGCGUCAAACUCUUCGCCUUGGCCGACAUUGUGCCUUCACUCUUCAAUCGCUCAAGCUCUUCACGCAUAGCAAAAGACGCCGACGAGAUUGUCACAAACGGCACAAUCAUAAUCUUAAAGCCUACCUCCUUCGCCUCGGCUGCCGUAAACGACGGCGUAGCACCCGACUCCACCAUAUUGAGCAAGACAGGCAUCGGGGCAAGAUCCUUGAUAAUCUGGGCAGCCUGUUCCUUGGACGUCAAUCCCUCGAAGAAAGCAACAUCAGCACCAGCCUCACCCGCCUCCUUCAACCGAGCAAUGGCCUCUUCAUAGUUAUGCGUCUGCAGGGCGUCGGUUCGCGCAAUAAUCACAAUAUCGCUACCAACUUCCUUUCUCGCAUUAACAGCCGCGCGGAUACGGUUUACAAAGACAUCGCGGUCAACCACUUCCUUGCCAGCAAGGUGGCCACAGCGCUUCGUCUGGAUCUGGUCCUCGAGGUGCAGCGCGGCCACGCCAGACUGUGCAUACUGCUUAACGGUCCGGGCGACCAUGACGGGGCCGCCGUAGCCCGUGUCGGCGUCGGCAAUGAGCGGGAUCGGCGAGCUUCCGUACUCGGGCAGUGCGCAGAGCCCGGCGAUUGUCUCGGCGUUGGUGCGCAUUUGGGUUUGUGUCAUUAGACCGAGAUCCGCGUGUCCGAUGACGGAUGCACUGCUCCCUGCUCCGGUCUAUACUUGUUAGCUAGCCGAUUGGGGCAAUGUAUUGCAAAGUAGAGAUUCUUACCAUGUACAGACAGUCGAAGCCGACGCUGAGAGCCAUGCGGGCAGAGAAGCCGUCGUAGACACCGGGACAGAGCAGGAAGGUCUCCGGGUCCUGGAGCAUUUGUCGGAGUUUGGUAGCGGCAGACAUGUUGGGCAGUAAUGACUGAAGGUGAAGGGGUAGGGCUUGUUACUCGUGGGGUUGGUGGCAUGAGGUCAUUGUUAUAAAGGGAACCAAUAAGGUUAACAUCGGUCGGAGCUUGUAUUGGAUUCCGGAGCUAGUGGCCUUGGUUACAGUAGAAAGUAGCCCGUCUAUGAUCUUAGUGGCUCUGAUAGGGUUAGGGUUGUGUCCGAUCGCGGGGUUUAUCAAUCUCCCCGUUUGCUAUGCUCAACCGUCUAAUCAUUAUAUGCAUAAAAAAAGAAUUAGCAUUACCCC